AUGCAAAUAAUAAAAAAAAUAUUAAACAUUAAUCUUGAUAGAAACACUGCUAACAGUGCUGCAACAGUUGCAAUGGUAAAGGAAUUAGCUCCUUACACUGUAAAUAAUUUGUACAGAGAAUAUUUCGAAGAAGUUUUUGAUUUUACUGAUGCAGCUAAUUGCAAAUUAAAUAAAAGCUCAUCUGGCGUUGUUUUUAAUUAUUUAAAAUCUAUUACUGGUGAUACUACAAGAGAUAUGGGUAUACCUAAUAGAACCAUAGAUGAUAUAAGAAAAGAAGGCUUAAAUAUUAAAAAUUAUAAAGUUAGUUUUUCUCCUACUGCUGGUAUACAAAAAUAUACUUUUUGUGUUAUUUUUUAUCUUUUGAGAAAUAGAAAUUUUAGUAUAAAGAAAAAAGAUAAAAAUUCUCAAAGUGAUUUAUUAUCUUUAAUCUAUAAUGGUAAUAACAACAAUUUAGAUUUAUAUAUUCAGGGAAAAUAUUUUAAACAUCUUUACUUUCCAAGUAAUUUUGAUAAGAAAAAAAUUAUUAUAUGGUUAACAGAAAAUGCUAACUCAAAUAUUACAAAAGUUAAAAUAAGUAACUACAGCGCAAUAUUAAGUGUGACAACCAAUCGUUACUCCCACGAACAAAAUUUUGAGUUUACAAAUCAAGAUGGAACGAUAAGCAAAAUAAUGUUUUCUCCAAACUUUUACAACACCGACUCUGUUGAAUAUCAUAAGAUAAUAUUACAAGAAAAGUUAAAUGGAAGUUUUAUAUUAUAGUGGAACCAACACCACAUUAAUAUAAACAAAAGAAUAAAAUGAAGGAUAUCUUUGAAUUCAAUCACAUAGAUAAAUCUCUGUCAGAAUCAGACGUUAAAACCCUCAAAGACUUUUAUAGUCACUACCACAAGAAAUACUGGUGUUUUAAGAAAUCGUAUAAGAGUUAUAAAUUUCUUGACGAUGUUUUUACAAUUUCUGGGAUAUGCUUGGUUGCGAUUGGAACUAUUGCUGGAGGAAUAACACUGAACCCUGUUGUUCUCGGAGUAGUAAAUGGAGCAGGAGUUAUUGUGGCGGGAAUUGGAAAGAAAAAUAAUCAUAAGAGAAAAAUUGAGAUGACAAGAAUUGCAUUCACUACUUAUGAAAAAGUACUUGUUGAACUGCGUGCAGCUCUUCGGGGAGAUGAGUGGGAUAAACAAGAGUUUGUUGAUCGCAUGAAGUUGGUAGAUGAAAUGAUAAUCGAUCAAACACCAAUAGCAGAUAGAUUUUCUAGUAGGUAUAGAAAAAAGUUCGGACUAAGUAAUCAAUAG